AUGGGCUCCUGUCUCUCGAAGUCACAACCACGCCGUGAUCAUGAGCUGGACUUUGGCCCUGUCCCAGUCGGGGAUGCUUCGUGCCCCGUGAGGGAUACCCAUGGCGGCAGUCAAGCUCCCCUCUUUUUCCCGCCAGACGAGGCUUUGCCCGAAUACCCGGAUCCAGACAGAUCGAAGGCUGGUAUCAUCCGCCUCGCCCAAGAAGCCAACAUGAAGAACGCUUUCCGGCCGCUCCAGGAGAAAGGAUACCAGGUGUAUAUGGACGAGAAUUUCAGACAGAACGCUGAAGCCCGGCGUUGCAUAAAAUUUCUUGGUGCAUUCCUCAGGCUCUUGGCGGAAGCAUACGAGUGCGACAUGAGCUUCUUCUUCACCACCUAUAGCAACAGCGACGGCGUCCACGUCUCCGAGGCGAAACUCAAGAUAACACAGGCGCUGGAACAGCUUUUCAAGACUCCGAGCUGGGACCAUGCCGUAGCAAUCGUGAAAGACUCACAGACUCUCCAAGAAAUGAGAAUUCAGGCGUGGAUGUCGAACCUCGUCAAUGAUGAGAAGAAGAAGCCGACCAUGGAGCGUAUGUCGGAUAGCGAAAUGCACAGCCGGCUACUAAACCACGUUCGCGAGGAAAAGAUCGGGUUUUGGGAAGGCUGGAGGGCCAGAGAUCUGACACAGAAGAAGCUCGUCGCUGUCUACGACACGGCUACCGAGGAAGCGCGGGCUCAGCUGAAACUCCGGAAUAGCAUUCGCUUCACCAUUGAGCGGUCCAUCGCAUUGCAGUCGCGGUUGUCUAACGACGAGGCGUCGCAUCCUACCAACAUCAUCUUGCUCACGGCUUCCCCCCUGGAACUCAAGGAAGUAGAAUUGAUCAAAAAGCGUUUGAAAGACGUCAAAGGCGGUGGUUCUGAGUUUUCCAUACAGGUAGUUCUUUUCGACGGCAAUCUGUCCAAGGACGUGGCGAAAUAUCAUCGCCAGCUAGACGAGCAACAAUCAGGCGACAGAGACAUAUACAGUACUAUCUCCUUCGACGAGACUAUACUUCUUCGCGAAGGCUUGAGCUCGAUUGCCCUGAAGACGAUCUUGAACGGUCACUCUAGAGAAGUUAGUCGGACGAAGUUUAGCGCGGAUCAAAAGUACGGCUUCCACGGGGGUGCCCCCUUCAACCUCCCAGCAGUUGCCGAACUACAGAAAGCUCUUGGACUUGGGACAAGCUGUCCCGACGAACAGACUCUCGGAUUCGUCGAUGUACAAGCGUCCGUAGUCGACUUGAAAAAGGCUCGAGACGGAAAGGUCUAA